GACCCUAAUAGGCUUUCGUAAUAUUCAAAACCCACAAGUGAUGCUGAUUAUUCUAUCACGUGGGACGUCUUUGAAAUUUCAGUGACGUCACAACGAAACAGACACAGAAAAAAUCAGAGCAGCCUUACAGUUCCAAAGAUGUUGCCACGACCAAUUUUAUUUGUUUGUGUAAUUUCUUCAUUAGUGCUCUACGAAUUUGUGUGUGCUAGCACCACCACAGAAUCUGUUACAACUGUUGCGAGUACCACUGAAGAAGCCACCACCACGACCGCUGCUGCCACUACCACUGAACAAGCAACAGCGGCUGCUGAAUCUACCACUACAACACCCACAACAACCACUGAACCACCUACCACUGCUCAGUCUGCCACUCAAACAACUACCACGGCCACUGCUCAGUCUGCCACUCAAACAACUACCACGGCCACUGCUCAGGAAUCCACCACUGCUCAGGCUAUCACCCAGGCAUCUCAGACAACCGUAGCUGUUCAGAGCACCACAAGCGGGAACGGAACAUCUGCAAAUCAACCUGAUAAUGGUGGAUGCAUAUAUAACGUGAAUUUUCCCCUGUUAGCCACAGUUUUUGUAGCUCUCAGACUUUGGAUGUGCAACCAUUGAUGAGAUCCUUAAUUAAAGAAUGCAGAAAUACUUAUUUACAACUGACUUUAUCAAAAUGAAAUUUCUUCGCUUUUUGAUUUUUGUAAAACUCUUCAAAAUGCCUGCUCUACAUGAGAAGAAUGUUUUUUUUGUCUUGAAAGUACAGUCUGAAAAUUGAUCAAUUUGAUUUUUUUCCUUGAA